AUGUCGGGUGUAACUACUUUUGUGGAUUCACGUACUUCUACACCUCCUGGAGGUAUACCACAUAACCGUGCUGCUGCAAUGAACCUCAAAGUCCCCAGUAACCCGAGGCGAGGCAUCAGCCCGGCUCCUACUAUUCAAAGCUUACCAAGUACUGCGCCGAAUCCUGGUUACACCUCAAAUCCCUCAAAUGGUCGGAACACAUUUCCCAAUCCUCAGUAUCCGUCGUCCAAAACACCAGAGCCAUCCCACGAGAGAAACAUUUUUAAUACCACGGCUGGAUCGAGUUUUGAAGACACCAGGAGCGAAGCGCAAGGAGGGUUUCAAGGCUAUGAGCAGGACGGCUAUUCUGACGCACAGAAUGACGCUGCUGACGAUGGCUUCGAUGGCUACCACCGGACCAUUCCUAUGUACCCAAGGAAUAAUGACGCCAUGUAUCCAUCUGAAGAAGUUGCUCAUCCGAGACUCCAUCACAAGCAGAGCCAGUCACAACUAAAAGCUGAGCAGCUUGAGGCUCCAAAACCGCAAUACCCACCAGGCAUCAGCGGCCGUUUCCAGCACCCUAGUUCACUACCGAAGCUCUAUGCUCACCUAGGCUCCGAUGAGCAUAUAUUACAUUCAGACCCUGGGGUUUCCAAGAAGCGGGGUCACUCUUCAAACGGUCGUUUUGAAGCUCAGACUCAGGCUAUUCCUCAUCAGCUGCAUCACACGCAUAGAGAGAUUUGGGACCAGAGUUUGGGUUCAGAAGAGUCUGAUGUGGAUGAGUCUGCUCGACUGCAAGGAGCUGGAAGGGGCCAGUAUGUUGAAGACAGUGAUGAAAUGUCGCCAGGGGGUCGGAUUGAAAGCCCAACCCGUCAACAGCAGUGGACAUAUAUUCCCAGCCCAGAUUAUGAUGAUGAGAGCCUAAAAGCCAUGAGCUUCGCGGAGCUGAAACGUCAGAGUUGGGACAUAAAUUCUGGGGAUAGUCUUCAUCAUCUGCCCGAAAAACUACAAGACCGGGGAGCUACUGUUGACGAUAAAUUGGAUUUCUUGUUAAAUGAGAAUGAGUCAACCUACGGUGAUGUCUUCGAACAGAUGCCGACGGCCGAAUGGGAGCUGGCCGGAGACCUUAUUCUUGAGAGGAUGAACGAGUUGAUGCAGAAAAUCCAGGCGGCGCGAGCGAAGAAGCGUAAGGUUGUGGAAGGAUUUGAGGCUGUUUACGAGGCAAGGGAAAAUCUAGUGAGAAGCAAGACUCAAAAGUACGAGGAUAAGCUGGAGGAUAUGAAAAAUACCGGCGAGGUGGUACUUCGGGGUAAGAGGACCUAG